CAGGCUACAGCAACGACCCCGAGGCGACCUUGAAGGCCUGUCAGAUUCUCCAGCGAGUGGUUGACACUGUCAGCACCCUGCUUCCCAGAGACAUCCUUCAGAGGUGCUACAACCUGUGUGUGGUCAAGGCUGGCAGUGCUGUCCCCAGCGAAAGGUCAAAGUUCAUUGCCCUCAUGACCCUGCUGCCUGUUGACCUCCUCACGAGCGAGGCACUGCUCAGUUCCCGGAGCUGCAAGAGCAGGCAUUGCAGCGCACGGCCAUCUUGUCCGCUCCCGGCACCACCCUGACCGUGCAGGGCUUCCGCACGGUCAUGUCUGCGUUGCUACUACCACCACCUGGUGGUGGCAACAUCGAUGCCUGCGAGCUGCGCCUGGAGCGGUUGGCACCGGCUGGGCUGGCCUCGGGUCGCCACGCAGGCGCUCUCUGGUGCUGGGCCCUGUGGGAGUGUGCGCAGGUGUGCGUGCAGCAGAAGUUGCGCACUGCUCUGGGCAAGCCCCAGGAGACGUUCACUUCGGUCGAAGGGGCCCUCAAGGCCCUGCUGGCCGAGCCCCCACCCACGGGUAUCCCUUCGCUCAAGAGGGUGCAGCUCCUUCUGGACUUUCUGGAGCAGCUGGACAAGUGUAUGUACAAUGCGUACGAGGGUAGUGCAGGCAGCCUGCCUGCGGCCCCCAAGGCGGUGCGCACCUUCUUCCGCACCAACCGGGCCACCUGCCUCGAGUGGCUGGCCCGGGUGCGGCCGCGGGCCGUACGCCUCGCCCUGCGCGCGGGACGACCCGCCGAGGCCCUGCGGCACACGGGAGCCCUGGCUGCCACUGCGCCCCAGGGCUUGGGAGCAGUGGUUCGUGAUGCAGCCACCUCGCUGGUGCAGCUGCGCUGCCCCGAAGCCAUCUGGGGCCUGUACGCCUGGGGCAAGGAGAUCCUGGGACAGCGCAUGCCCUGGCUGCGCGCGGCUGCUGCUCAUGCUGCUGGCAGAUAUGAGUCUGCCGCUGACGAGUAUGCAGCCAUCCUCAAGGACGAAGCGCAGGCGUCGAAGGAGAUUCGGCCAUUCUUGCUCAACCAGAUCCUGGACUGUCACAUGAAGUUGGCCGACUGGAACGAAGCACUCAAGUGGGUAGAGGAUUCUCGGCAUGCACCAGUCAACGGCUGUGUCAACAAGACCAGUACCCGCAUGUCCUCCAUCGCCCAGCACAUCAGGUCGCUACUGAGCACAGACCCCGUCGAGAGCCCAUCCUGCCCGCGAGACAUGUGGGACGCCGAGCAGCAGCUGCUCUUGGCCCAACACCGGGCGACAAUGCCCGGCUGCUGUCGCGACAUCAACGCAUCGGAGGAGUCGGCCACCGCGCUGCUGCAGCUGUGCACCAUCCAGUGGCCACCACAGGUGGACCCCGCCCUGCUGGCUCUGGUGCGCCGGGUGCCACCGGUGAUUGGCGAGCCUCUGUCGCCCGCGCAGCAUGACUGCAGCGCCAUCAGCGAGGCCCUCACGUGGAGUCACGCCGAGCCCAUUGAAGGGUUCCUGUUGGCGGGGGCUCGUCUGGCCCGCAAGCAGCACAACUUGCGACUGGCCGAACGGUGGCUCCUGCGAGAGGCCGGCAGUGACGAGGAGGGCUCUUCCCUGACCACGCUGGCCGACGACGGCGCCCCCCUGGCCGUCCUGAGGGGAGGCCGCCAAGUUGCUGCACGCUCGGGGAGAGCUGGCCGAGGGUGCGAGGAUCAUGGCCCGUGUGGCCUGGACGCACGCCACCAGUCUCGAAGACUCGGAGCUAGUUGCCAGGUCCCUGUUGACAUUGGCCAAGUGGCUGCAGGCAGAACCGCCGACGGUCGAGCCACUUCUCGGGGAUGGACUGCGCAACGGCCAUGUUGACGGCUUGGCGGCCGCCUUCUCGUGUGGCUUCUCGUUGUCCGGCCAUCAGCGCAACUGCUCUGCACCUCCUCCCCAGCUGCAACCCCUGGACGGCCUGCUGAGCAGCUCGGAGAUGUCCAUGGGGUCCCUGCUGCGGCACAGCCUGUCCCUCUGCCCAACCCUGCCCAAGGCGUGGGCCACCUACGCGGGCUGGUGCUAUCGCUGGGGUCGCAAGGUCAUCGAUGCACCCAG